AUGCCGGCUUCAGCGCUAUACUCCAAACUUCACACUGAUGCUGAUUAUAAGCUCCUUCAGCUUGACUCGAGUCUUCUUAAAGCCCUUGAAAACGAGGGAAAACUGGCUUUCAAGGCUACAAAGGAGAGCGAUUCCGUAGUAUUAUGCUCCAAAUCCAACACAUGGACCCUUAAACAAAAAAAUCACUCUAACACGGUGCUUAUCAUGAGAGAGUUUGUACCAGAAGAGGUGCCACAAACCGAGAACUGGUCUACACUGGGCGUGAACGAACCCUCUACCUUCAGUUUAGGCUUUACAAAACAGAGUUACGAACUAGAGCCCCGUCCCACUGCCGGCGAGAUAAGCUACAGUACGCUUCCUAUAUAUUCUGGCGAAGCCCACAAAGCCCCAAAUGCUUCAGGCCUUUCUAAUGCGGCCUGCUUGUCUUUAGAAGAUCUGCGAAAUUGUUCACCCUGCUCCGACGAAGAAUUUGCCGAAAAAUGGCCUGCGUUGGGGGGCUGUGUUGUGAACGGAGCUGCAUGUAUUCUUUCAAGAGAGUUCAUUUCACGCGCUUUGCACAUAACACUAAUGAGUUGCAUGGCAGAGUCACUUGACUUUGACGAUCUAGAUGAACCUCAGGCUUUCGCAGCAGUCAACAAGGACAUGGGCGAGGCAGGGGAAUUUAACCCCUUUAGUAAGGAAGUGAUCAGUACAGUAUUGGGAAAGUUCUGUUCCUGGUCGCCUGGCGGCAGGUUCAAGCUUCAAAAGGAAACCAUUAGUCAAUGGUAUGGCAUUGAGGCGCUCAAAAAGUUCGCAUCUCGUUCUUCGAUCCCUCAAGAAGAGUUUAUGAUUAAGUGGAAGUCACUUUUCCCGCCAUAUUUUAGCUGUGACCUGGACUUUAAAGCACUGCGGGGAUAUUAUUACCGCCCUCUCGGCUCUUGCAUACAAUACUUCUCAAAAGAAACCCUUCCUGACGAUCCAAAAGAGCGAUUCAGCUAUCUGUUCAAGUUACAAUCCACAUGGGACUUAGAUGAGAUAGCGCCCUUUAUUGACCAACUUAAUACUAAAGGUGUAAAGAUCGAAAGUUUUGUCAUGAAGUUUGCAAGAAGGAGGCGUCAAGGCAAACGCGUCACAGUCAGCGCGCGUUGA